AAACUGACGUUCUACUUUUGGCUGAUAUUUUCGAAAAUUUCCGUGAAAAUUGUCUAAAAACUUACGGUCUUGAUCCUUUACAUUAUUACACCUCCCCCGGUCUGGCCUUUGAUUCCAUGCUCAAAAUUACUAAACAGACAUUAGAAUUACUGACGGACAUUGACAAAGUUUUGAUGAUCGAGAAGGGGAUCCGAGGUGGCGUAGCCCAAGUGUCGAACCGGUACUCAAAGGCUAACAACAAGUACAUGGGUGAGGCAUACAAUCCGGACGAACCCGAUAAGUACAUCAUGUACUAUGAUGUAAAUAACUUAUACGGCGCGGCGAUGUCUCUUCCCCUUCCAACCGGGGGAUUCGAGUGGGUACCCGUCGAUCAAUUCUACAACUUGAAUAUAACCGAUUUAGCAGAUGAUGCUGAAAUCGGUUAUAUUUUAGAAGUGGACAUUGAGUACCCGCCCGAACUUCAUGAACUCCACAAAGACUUACCCCUGUGCCCGGAACAAAUGGUUCCCCCAGGAGGCAAACAAUCAAAAUUACUGACAACACUUUUUUCGAAAACCGGUUACGUUAUCCAUUACAGACAAUUGAAACGGUGUAUUGAGCGGGGAUUAAAGAUUACUAAAGUACACAAAAUUCUUAAAUUCAACCAAUCGGCUUGGUUACAAAAAUACAUAAAUUUAAAUACGGAUUUACGGAAACAGGCGACUAACGAAUUUGAGAAAAAUUUCUAUAAAUUAAUGAAUAAUUCUGUCUUUGGUAAAACCAUGGAAAAUGUGCGAAAACAUAAAGACGUUAAACUGGUCACACAAUGGGAGGGUCGAUAUGGGGCAAAAAAUUUGAUCGCGAAACCAAAUUUUCACAGUUUAACAAUUUUCGAUGAAGACAUGGUUAUAGUAGAGAUGAACAGACUCAAAAUUAAGUUCAACAAGCCGAUUUAUGUUGGAUUUAGUAUUCUGGACCUUUCCAAAAUUAUACUUUACGAUUUCCAUUACGAUUAUAUUAAACAAAAUUUCGGCAAUCAGGCUAAAUUAUUGUACACGGACACUGACAGUUUAAUAUACGAAUUCACGGACAUUGACAUUUACGAGAGCAUGAAGAGAGACAUCCAGCUGUUUGAUACAUCAGACUACCCCGAAGAUAAUGCGUACGGUAUGCCUCGCGUCAACAAAAAAGUACUAGGUCUUAUGAAAGAUGAAAGCUGUGGGAGAAUAGUUACCGAGUAUGCCGGGCUCAGAGCUAAAAUGUACUCGUAUAAAGUCGAGGGAAAACCCUCAAAUAUGCGUAUCAAAGGACUUACUCGAUCAGCCGUAAAACACAUUACUUUCGAAGAUUUCACGAAUUGCCUAUUUAAUCAAAACACACUGGUUAAAGAGCAGAGACUUAUACGUUCCAAACAUCACGAUUUAUAUACAAUUAAACAAAAUAAAUUGGCUCUCAGUCCGUACGAUGACAAGCGCAUAAUAAAUUACGUCACCACAGACACGAUCCCGUGGGGAUAUAAUUUCCAACAAGCAGCGACUUGUUCGACCACUCCCAUGGAGUUCUAAGUCGAAAUAAAUAGCGCGAUAUAGUAAACGUUGACAUCAUUUGUCUUUCUACCUUUGUUCGCGAUGGCCGACUUAGACAUUCAAUUGCAAUACGAACUUGUUAAAAUUUCACAAAAGACUUACGAAGAUUUCCUUCAAAAAGCCAUUUUUGAUGAUAAUUUUCAAUUAAUUGACAAAAUUCUGGAAAAAAUCGUGAUUCCCGACCGUGCAAUAUAUUGGCUAGCUUUGCGCGAUAAAUGUAACAUCGGGUUGAUGAAAAAAAUCUUUGCCAAAAAACUUCAAUAUGAUAUAUUUAUCGAACAACUGCAAAAUAUUUUCCAAAAGGAAUAUAUGUCUCAUAUUAGCCUCGAUAUUUUACGUCAAAUUAUAAAGAGUCAUUAUCCAAUAUUAAAUUCAUUUAAUCGGUAUUAUUUGGAAAAAUUAUUGGUCAACGGUGAUCCGUCAUUGGUUGAUCGACAUAGUCAAUGUUUCUCGGCAAAAAAUAUUUUUCUAAAUUACAAAGAAAUCGAUUGGUCAAUAGAUAAGGCCGUUUGUGAGGCCGCCUACUUUACUCAAUAUAAUUUUUUGGAAACUUUACACCGGGCAGCUGAUGGUAUGGCUCCAGGAGAACGUCUCCAAGGGUACCAAUGGUCAAGGUGUUGGAUGGUCAUCUGGUCCAGACAGCAGCAAAUGGCCAUCAAAAUUAGUU